CACAUGUGUACAUAAUGUUAUAUUUAAUAUUAUUUUUAAGUGCAAUUAGUAUAGUUAAAUGUGAUCCAUAUGAGUUAAAUAUUGUACAUUAUAAUGAUUUUCAUGCGAGAUUUGUAGAAACAAGUCCCUCAGGAGGCGUUUGCAACCCGACCAUAGCACCAUGUAUCGGCGGCUUUGCUCGAUUAGCGACGCUCAUACGACAAAUAGUGGCUAGGGAACCGCAUUCUUUAGUUCUCAAUGGGGGUGACACGUUCCAAGGGACGAUCUGGUACAAUUUGCUGAGGUGGAACGUCACACAGGACUUCAUGAAUAUGGUGCAUCAUGACGCACAUGUACUAGGCAAUCAUGAGUUCGAUCAUGGUGUUGAAGGUGCCGUCCCGUAUCUGAAACUUUUACAACAUGAAGUGGUAGCCGCUAAUAUUAUAGACGACGAGGAACCGACCAUCCAAGGCUUAUACAAACCUAGUAUUGUUGUUACGAAAAAUGGAAGAAGAAUUGGUAUUAUUGGAGUUAUUAUAGCUACUACUAAUGAAUUAGCUACAACUGGCAAAUUGAAGUUUACCGAUGAAAUUGAAGCUGUGAAGACUGAAGCUGAGAAGUUGAAUCAACAGGGCGUUGAUAUUAUUGUAGUUCUCUCUCAUUGUGGUCUGGAUAUUGAACGGGAGAUAGCCCUCCACGGUGGUCCAUACAUUGACAUAGUGGUUGGAGCACACAGCCACACUUUAUUAUACAAUGGAGUACCACCAGUCAACACAACUUUUCGUGUUCAAGGACCAUACCCGAUAGUUGUGGAAAAGGAAUCAGGGCCUGUUUUGAUUGUCCAAGCGGCCGCACAUACGGAAUUUUUGGGCGAAAUCAAACUGUAUUUUGAUGAUAAUGGAAAGCUUUUGAACUGGACCGGCAAUCCUCAUUACAUUGGACAUGAUAUUGAGCAAGCUCCAGACGUAAUAGAAAAAAUAAAUCAAUAUUUACCAGAAAUUGAUGCUUUGGCCAAGAGAAAAGUUGGCGAAAGUCGAGUCCAUUUAUCUUCAAGUUGUAGCUGCGGUGAAUGCAACUUGGGCAGUCUUAUAUGUGAUGCAUUUAUGCAUGCUGCUUUGAAACUAGCUGAAGGAGAUAAUUGGAAUUAUGGACACUUUUGCGUCACAAAUACUGGAGGAAUCCGAAGCGAUAUUGAAGUAGGAGAUAUAACAUACGAAGCGAUGUUAUUGGCUAUUCCCUUCGAUAACACAGUAGAAGCAUUCGACUUACGAGGUGAUCACGUGUUAGAAAUGUUGGAGUUCAGUGUGGCCAAUGAGCCCUGGCCUGGUGCUAGGACUACGCAGCUAUCUGGAAUACGCAUGCAAGUGGACGGUUCCAAGCCAAAAUAUGAAAGAGUUCAAAACGUAACAAUUCGGUGUAUUGAUUGCGAAGUACCGAGAUACGAACCGUUGGAUUUGAGUAAAACUUACAAGAUGGUUACUCAAAGUUUCUUGAUGAAUGGAGGUGAUGGAUUUAAUAUGGUGUCAGAACACAGAGGACCUAGUGUUACCCUGGGAAUCGAUAGUGAUGUAUUCCUCGCUUAUUUGGAAAGGGAAAUGCCAGUUAUAAGAGAUUUAGAUGGACGUCUACAAAUCAAGGAUCCUUGUCUUCCUAAUUAAAUAUUUUUAAAAUGA